AUGUGUUAUUACGGCAGCUACGUUGGAGGCCUGGGUUAUGGCUAUGGUGGCCAAGGCUAUGGCUAUGGUGGUGGCUAUGGAGGCUAUGGCGGCUAUGGUUAUGGCUGCUGUCGCCCACUGUGCUAUAGAAGGUACUGGUCCUAUGGCUUCUACUGA